AUGCCAAAUUAUGUAAAGUUUUUGACGGACAUUUUGACUAAGAAAAGGAGACUUGGUGAGUUUGAAACGGUGGCCUUGACGGAAGGUUGUAGUGCCAUGUUGAAGAGUAAAAUUCCUCCUAAGUUGAAGGAUCUGGGUAGCUUUACAAUUCCUUGCUCUAUUGGUGGAAGAGAUGUGGGUAGAGCUUUAUGUGACUUGGGAGCUAGUAUUAACUUGAUGCCCAUGUCUAUUUUUAAGAAGUUGGGAAUUGGAGAAGUGAGGCCAACUAUAGUCACUUUGCAAUUGGCAGAUCUUUCUAUGGCACACCCAAAAGGAAAAAUUGAAGAUGUUCUAGUGCAAGUUGAUAAGUUCAUUUUUCCAGCCGAUUUCAUCAUUCUUGAUUAUGAAGUGGAUAGAGAUGUUCCCAUUAUCUUGGGUAGGCCAUUUCUAGCUACUGGGAGGACCUUGAUUGACGUGGAAAAAGGGGAGCUCACAAUGAGAGCUCAAGAAGAAUAG